AUGGCUCCAACAUCUACUGCUUCUGAAGCUUCUACAAGUAAGAUUGAAGAAUCAUACGCUGAAAUUGACAAAAUCAACUCCAAUUCAUGGUAUACCCCGGUUGAUGAAAUUGCCCCCAAAGUCAAAUACGUUACUGAUGCGUUUUUCCAAAGCCAAAAAAGUCAUGAUAUUCAAUUUAGAUUAAAUCAGUUGAGAAAUCUUUAUUUUGCUGUCAAGGAUAAUCAAGAUGCUUUGAUAAAGGCAUUGGAAAAGGAUUUUUACAGGGCUCCAUUUGAAUCCAAAGUGUUGGAAAUUGAAACUGGAUUAAAUGAAUUGGUUCACACCAUGGCCAGUUUACAUAAAUGGAUGCAGCCAGAAAAAGUUACUGAUUUGCCUCUUACCAUGCAAUUGAAUCCAGUUUACAUUGAAAGAAUCCCUCUUGGUGUUGUUCUUGUUAUUACUCCAUUCAACUACCCCUUUGUGUUGACCUUGGCUGCUGUUGUUGGUGCUAUUGCUGGUGGUAACCAUGUUGUUUUGAAGCAGUCUGAAUUGACACCAAACUUUUCCAACUUGUUUUCUGAAGUGUUUGCUAAAGCUUUAGAUAAAGACACUUUUGUUGCCGUUAAUGGUGGUAUUCCAGAAACUACUGAAGUCUUGAAUCAAAAAUUCGACAAGAUUAUCUAUACUGGUAAUGGUACCGUUGGUAGAAUUAUUGCCAAGAAGGCUGCUGAGAAUUUGACUCCAUGUAUUUUGGAAUUGGGUGGUAAGUCUCCAGCUAUUAUCUUGGAUGAUGUGACUGAUGCUGAUAUCGCUACCGUAGCUAGAAGAAUUGCCUGGGGUAGAUUCACUAACGGUGGACAAACUUGUGUUGCCGUUGAUUAUGCUUUGGUUCCCAAGAAGUUGCAUGCCAAAUUCAUUGCUGCAAUGAAGAAGAUUUUAGAAGAAGAGUUUUACCCACAAAUGGAUAAGAAUAAUAAAGAUUGGACUCAUGUUAUUCACGAUCGUGCUUAUGGAAAUCUUACCAAGAUGAUUGCCAAUACUAAAGGUGAUAUAGUUGUUGGUGGAUUAUCUCAAGCUGAUCCAGAGACAAGAUUUAUCCCACCAACCGUUAUUGACAAUGCCACAUGGUCCGAUUCUUCCAUGCAGCAAGAAAUCUUUGGUCCUAUUUUACCAGUUAUCGUUUAUGACAACUUAACCACCAGUAUCAAGGAAAUCAUUAGACAACACGACACUCCGUUAGCUCAAUAUGUGUUUACCAGUGGUUCCACUUCUCCCAAAAAGAAUCUUCCAUUAAAGCAAAUCAUAACCAACAUCAGAUCAGGUGGAUUGAUUGUUAAUGAUGUAAUUUUACACGUUGGUUUGACCAAUGCACCAUUUGGUGGUAUUGGAGAAUCCGGUUAUGGAGCUUAUCAUGGUAAAUUCUCAUACAGAUAUUUCACCCACGAAAGAACCACCAUUGAAUCGAAAUUAUCUACUGAAAAAUUGAUGAUGACUAGAUACCCACCUUUCAGUGCCGGUAAGGAUAAAUUAAUUACCGCUUCACAACAAAGUUACAAUGGUAAGGUUUGGUUCUCAAGAAAAGGAAAUGUGGCUGUUGGUGGUCCAGGUCUCUUCUUUAGUGCCUGGAAUACGGUUGCUGGUGUUUUCAGCUUGAUUGGAAAAUUCACCACUACCAAAACAAACUAG